AUGGAGUGUCUUAAGUGUCUGGUGUUUCUCCUAGUCGUGAGUGCUUUUCAAGACGUCAACUCUUCAUCCUCACCCUCACCCUCGUCCUCAUUAACUUCAUCUUCCGAGGCUGAAUUAGCGAGCACGGUGAAAUUACUCAGUGAACAAGUCAAUGCGCUGCUGGAUCAUCGACAGGAAGACUACAAUGCUCUUGAGAGUUCUCUUAAAAAAGCCAUUGAAGAAAAUACCGAGCUAAUGGUACUGAGGAAUGAAGUUCGGCAAUUAAGGAAGGAAGUGAGCGGAUUGCGCGGCGGAAGCGGCAACGAGGCGAAGAACGAGCGACUGAGGAUCAAGUGGUUAGGGAGCGCCGUCACUGAGCUAAAGAGUGAAUUGGCUGAGGUAUUACGCACCCAGAAUGCCAGCGAAGAGCUUGCCCAACGCGCCUUGAUGAAGAGCGAGCUUUCACUUUUGCGCGGUGACAUCGCUCAGGUUGGCCGCGGAAUUCGGGAUCUCGGCGGCAGAUUGACCAGGAUUGAAGCUUCCUUGGGGACAAUCCGCGAUGACAUUACCUCCGUUAAAGAGCGAGCUGGACAAUUGACCAAAAGCUGUGCCGACGUUGCCAGUCAGUUGAGUACAGUGCAAAUUGAGAUGAAGUCAUUGAAGUGGGAGCCGACAAUACAACACAAGCAUCACCAAUUAGCGCGGAAUGAAAUUUAUGAUCAAGACAAACGCGAUCAUCACAGGUCAAUGCGUCACAGUUUAUCGCGGUCGUUAUAUAGCCGGAAAAUAGAGGAACGUCUUUCAAAACUUGAACGUAAAAUAUCAAUAGUCGCUCGCAAACGAGCUAUGAUUGAAAAAAGAGUCGUCUUUGAGUCCAAUCCCGAGGUCGCGAAUAAUUUAAAAGAAGAACUUUCUAACCGGAUUGAUAACAUCACCAAUCAAUUAGACGGCAUUAAAGUAAAGGUAGAACAGUCUGCGGAGAAUCUUGAAAUCGUCGAAACUCUCGAGGACAAACAGGAAUCUCUCCAGCUGGAAAUGAAACGCGCUAUUGCUCACUUGGACUUGAACGCAGCUCGUAAGAACGCCGAGCUGUCGUUAACCCGCGAAGAGCUGGGUAAUUUGCGUAAAACAGUUCAAGCUCUGAGCGUAAGUGCGUCGAAGCUUCAAGAAAAAAGUGACCUCCAGCAAGAGACAACUGCCAAGCUGACCAAACAAUUGGACCGUUUAUCUAAUCUAAAUCUCACGUCGUCCGUAGCCAAAGCAAUAAACGUCACUCACGAAUUAGAGCACGUUGAGGACCAGUACCGAUUGAUGGUCGACGCACUUCCUGGCAAUUGCGACGCCCGUGACGGUCUGACUCUCCUAGGAGUAGGUCAGGGUGCUCCUUUACUAGUCUCUUGUCACGAUGGAUGGAUCGUCGUGGCUCGUCGCGUCGACGGGAUCGUCGACUUCGACCGCACGUGGUCUGAGUACGCAUCCGGGUUCGGGUCUCCCCUCAACGAGUUUUGGGUCGGCAACGAAGCACUUCACCGUCUCACCCGCGACAACUGCACGCGUUUGAGAAUCGAUCUUACGGACAUUUACGGAAGUAAAUGGCGAGCUGACUACGAUUACUUCAAUGUACAAUCUGAGGACACCGGAUACCAGCUGCAUGUCGGUGGUUAUUCUGGCAACGCAACUGACGCGUUUUCAUAUCAAAACGGCAUGUCGUUCAGCGCAAAAGACCGCGAUAUGGAUAUAAGUACCGCAGAUUGCGCGGCAAACUAUCACGGCGGCUGGUGGUUCAGUCACUGUCAGCAUGCCAAUUUAAAUGCUCGGUACUCGUUGGGAUUAACGUGGUAUCAAUCAGACACUAAUGAAUGGAUGGCCGUCGGUGCUGCUACGAUGUCUAUUCAAAGAAAAAACGAUUGCCAUCGUACUUAGUCGCUCUCAAUAAUUAUUUUAUUUAAAUAAUAACAAUAAUUAUUACUAUAUUAAAACCAAAGAAUUUA